UUCGAGUGAAAAAUUUAAGAGUUACAAAAAAAUAGAUAUGGCCAAAUUAGUUGCCACGAUUAAGGCUAUCAUCACAAGACUAGUGUUUGCAGCUCAUGGAUUUCUGGCUAUUUGGCAAGUUACAAUAUUCAAAAGCAAUUCGUUUUAUUGGUACCUAAGUUCGCCAAUUUUGUUGCUGUUCUUUGAAGCAGUUUUCACAUUGACCAUCAAAGAAAACCAAGAGUGGAAAUGGUUCUGCCCUUCGGUAUUUCUGUAUUUGGCCAGCAUUGUACCGGCGAUAUGGUUAUUGGAGCUGGACAAAGUCGACAGACGUUUGAGAAUAAAAGAGGAAACUUUCAAUAUAACGUCAACCGGUAACCUGAAGGAAUUGAACAAUUUAAUUGGGGUGGAAAUAAAACUACCUGAUAUUUCCCUAAGCACUGAAACCUGGAUUACGUUAAUAGAACAAUUUUUGAUGUUGAUUCUGAUCAUUGGAAGAUGGAUGCUACCAAAGGGAGAUCUUACAAGAGAUCAACUUAGUCAAUUAUUAUUAGUAUAUAUAGGUACAGCAGCUGAUAUUAUUGAAUUCUUCGAUUCCUUCAAAGAUGAUAAAAUCGCGGCUGAGCCAAUUCUAGUUUUACUAACAUUAGCUAUUUGGUCGUGGAGUCUUAUGCAAUUUACAGUAGUUCUUACAGCCACAAAGGCAAGAAAAUCACGAUUAAGUGCAACGAAAACCGCAUCGAAGAAUGCAACGAGCUGUUGCUGUAGUAUCGAUGUUUGGGGAAUAGCUUUGAACAUAACGCUACAAGAUGCUCCAUUCCUUGUGUUUCGUCUACUGAUUAUAACCCAUUUCAAUAUUAUAUCAUAUAUGAACGUGUUCUUCACCUGCAAAAAUACUUUGGUAAUACUAUUACAACUGUACCGUUUAUACGUCGUGUACAGUGAAAACCACAAGCCUAAAAAGAAGAAAUCAAAGGAUUUCGAAUUGACAAACAUAUCUAUAAUAUCGAAACCGGCUCUCUUCGAUGAAGAUACAUACAGAAAGAGAGACAGAAGUAGAAGGAAACCCGAAAAACGCUAUAUAGAAGAGAGUGAAAGUAAUGAGAGUGACAGCGAUGCAUAUUCGGUAGAAAGAAAGACGACCAAAAAGGGAAAUAAAUCGUAUUGUAGGAAGGAUACGGGCUAUUCGACUGCGAGCUCUCAUGCAAGCAAUAAGCUAAACCAUAAAGUCAGGAAAAUGCAAAUCGCUAAAGAAAAACCAAGCUGCAAAAGAUCGGAAAAGCGUGUCGCGAAGAAAAAGCUUAAACGAACGGAUACAAAAGAGAUCAGAGAAUCUACGGAGUCGUCGGAAGAAGACACGAAGCAGAGAAUACAGAAAAGCAAGCUGUCGACGACUAUAUCCGUCUCGGAUUCUUCAUCAGAAUGACGCCAUCAGUUAGCCAUAAUGGCAAUAUUUUGUCUUUAUAUUUUCAUUUUUAUUUGUUGCUUAUUCUUUAUUUGGUGUGGUAUCAAUACAGAAGGUCUAGUUAUAGCCAAAGUAUUCAGGAAACCAAAAGUACAAAACGCUACGAGAGUUAUAUAAGAACAACAUUCGUAAUUCAACUAUAACAUGACAUAAUUCUUAAUGUUAAGUGUGGAGUAGUAUGCGAUAUGGGAGUAAUACAAGAGGAGACAUGGUAGUCGACUCUGUGCUGUUGGUUAGGAGAGGGCCUCGGUAUGAUAAUAUUAGAGGUGGAUUUUAAUAUUAAUUUAGAAUUAAGGU